AUGCCUCCACUCCUCCACCCCGCUACGGACCCCCCCACGGUCGAGUUCAAGACGUGGAAGUGGACAUCCACUGAAGAAUCGCUGCUGCAAACCCACAUUGCUUCCUGGAGACUUCUCAGAGAACUCGCGGUGCAGUUUCUCCAAGACAGAGGGGUGGGGAAUGCCAGCAUGGAGCUGAUUGGGGGCAUUGUGGUUCAGAAGCUCCAAGUUUGGUUCACGAACAAAGCCUCCACUCGGAAACAGCCGCAAUCGGAGCCGUGGUCCGGCGUCCGGCUUCCCGGGGCAUAUGCGCUAUGGCAAAAAGAGCCGGAGGUUUUGGAGGAGGCCAAGCAACUCAUGACUGCAUUGACCCUCUCGGGUGUCGGUGGGCAGUCGAAGGCUCUCUCACAACUCUGGGCGGAGACUCCUGAUGAGAUCAAGAGUGAAUGGGAGGCGAAGGCGCUGGGGAUACGGGAGGAUGGUGGGACGGAUGAGGACAAGCGCAGUUUUUCCAAAGACAAUGGGCUGAAGGUGAUGGACAAUGCAACCUCGUAUCUCCACAAGAACGGCAGCAUCUGCUCCUUCAUGCUCGGCAUGUGGAAGGAUGAAAACGGCAAAAUAGACGUCUUCUACUCCGACACAACCCAGCACUUGAACCGCUCCAAUCACUCCGUGCUUUCUCAGGCGAAGUGGCCUGACCUUGAAUCUCUGCCUGGGUUUAAAGAAAACACUCUGAAGACGCUGUUCAAGCUCUACGAGCUCAUCCUGAAUGGGGCAGCCCAGACGAGGUCCUGGGCGCCCUGGGCGCCCCCGCCCCUAAGACCGCGAAGGCUUUCUUUCAAGGCCAGCAUGCCGGCGCUAUUCUUACCUGGCGCUGAGGGAGCCAUCAAGAAGAUCGUCAAUGAAUGGUUAAGAAUUCAUUUCGGUCUGGCAAGCGGGACGGGGAAGAAGUGGCUGGGACCCAUUCCGUGGACUUGGAUCAAGGCGAACUUGGAUCUCGUGUUUGGCACGGGGUGGCACACGCCCGAGCUCGCCCAGUCUCUGACCACAAUUGACCAAAUGCCUGUCGCCACACUGGUGGAAUGGGCUCAGCUUGUCAUCUUGAAGGAAGCCCCUGCGCUCGCAAAUGUGCCAGAUGAUCCCGAUUGGGCGGAGCUUGGUCCGAACACGCGCUUCAUCCCCUCCCCUGGCCAGUUUUCGGUGAAGGCAUUCUGGACAGGUAGCCGGACUGCAGUCGUCCCGGUGCCAGUGACCGAGUAUGUCUCUUUUGCAAACGAUGCCGCCGCUAGGCCCCAGGAGGCUCCAGGCGGCGGGGUUAUGGGAAACAAGCAGAGGGACAAAGGCAAGCGCAAGCAGGCAGCAGACAGCAAUGCUCCACACACCAUAGCACCCGCCCUGGCAGCAAAUCCAUCAACCGAACUAACACCGGAGACCACGCCUUUUGUGGUCGCUUCUGGGUCUUCCUCACCGGCGGGUCCCCCACUGGAUCCGAGCGAGACACUUGGCGCUUUCGGUGCGGUGACUGCCGACCCUGUCGCCCACUUUUCCCCACCCCAUGCUGGUGACCAUUGCGGAGGAGCAAACUCAGGAGGGGUGUCGGCCGAGGAAACACUGGCCCCGGGUUGGACUUAUGACGCCGCGACGUGGAGCGUGGGCCCCAGUGGCUUCAUCAACGGCGGCUCCGUCGACCACGCCGGCCUGCAGCAUGCGCCAUUGGCUAGCACCAGCGCCGAUGUGGGGAUGAGCCUCGAACAUUCUCUAGACUUCGAUGCGGCAGCCGUGGAAGCUGCUGUCACAAGCAUCUCUUUCAGUGAGCUGCUGGCCGAAAUGGAGUCGGCGCCACCCAAUACAAAGACCGCUCCUUGGCCUCCAUCCCCGAAGCCGCUCCAGUUCUGUGAUCUCGACCCUCAAAAACCCCCGCCUUCAAUCGUGCUCGCGCCAGGGGCGACAAAAACGCGAAAAGAGUUCUUGCAGGCUCUCGACAGUGGGAGGGAGUACAGACACCUCUUGAAGAGACUCGGCGAUGCGCUGUGCGAGGAUGUCGAAGUCACUCCCGACGAUGCUGUCCCCUGGGCAAUUUGGCAGAAUUCCAACGGCUUCGUCGGUGGCGCCCUGUACCGGGACUCAACUGGUUUUGACCAGGCCCUCAGCUGGCUGACGGCCCAAUCUAAGCAGGCCGUCAGAAGCGGAGCCCAGAUGCAGCGGUUCUGUCUCGCCCUCGGCCUGCUGAAGAGGGAUCUCUGGCGAUGCACGGAGUUUGAGGAGCUGGAUAACCCUCCCAUGGAGCCCACGUUCGCUUACGAUGCCUACCAGCUUGUCAACGUGGGGCAGCCCAUCCUCCUGCCUGAAGACAGCUCUCUGGAAGACCGGCUGAGCCUCCUGGAGGGGGUCGCAAAGAGCUACGCCCCGAAGCGAUCUACAAGAGAUGCCCCUCUUCAAACCCGCCGGAUAAUGCCUCGCACAGGAGGGGCGCCGAGCACCCCCCAAAACCCGCCUGCGCCAGUGGAUCCAGGGCCUGCCUGUGCCGGGGCUGAGGCCCCCUCUUUCACAGCCCCGCCCGGGCUGCCACCGCCCGCCCUGCGGCGAACUACGCGAACGGCCCACCCCGCAGCCAAAACCCUCACGCCCUCACAAGGUGGGGAGAAUGGUUUCAAAGACCUCCCUAACGACAGGCCACGGCGGCCGCCUCCGUCGAAGGGCAAGAAACCAGUGAGCUCCGGAAAUGCUACUGGGCCGCCCAUGGCUUCAUCGCCGAAGAAAAGGGCGGGAGGACCCGCCGCGCCCCAGCCGCGCGCAAAAAGGCCGAAGGCGUCUUCACCUGGCCUGUCCGUUGGGAUUGAAGAGGCAGCCGGGGUUUAG